AUGAAGCACCACUUGAUGAUUGGCACCUGGACACCACCAGGAAAUAUCUACACCGUUGAAUUCGACGAUGAAGCUCUGACGCUCAAAUUGGUCAAGAAGACCAGCAUCCCGGAAGAUGAACCCAUUUCGUGGAUGACCUUUGAUCAUGCGAAAAAGAACAUAUACGGCGCCUCCAUAAAGAAAUGGUCUUCGCACUCCGUUAGAAGCCCCGCAGAUAUCAGUCACACUGUUUCGUAUCCUUUGGCUGGUCACCCCCUAGCAUCCAAUGCCGAUACAAAUACCAGAGCCAUCUUCAUCCUCGCAGCAAAGAAACCCCCCUACAACGUCUACGGAAACCCUUUCUACAACUAUGCAGGCUACGGCAACGUAUUCAACGUGACUGCAGAUGGGACACUCGGCAAAAAUAUACAAAACUACGAAUAUUACCCGCAUUCCGGCGUGCAUGGCAUGGUGUUUGACCCUACAGAGACAUAUUUGUAUUCCGCAGAUAUGGGCGCAAACAAGAUCUGGACACAUAAAAAGGACCAGGAGACCGGCAUGCUAAUUCUGGUGGAUAGCAUCGAGGCACCUGGCCCUGGUGACCACCCACGCUGGGUGGAAAUGCACCCCAGCGGCAAAUAUCUAUAUGCACUGAUGGAAGCUGGGAACCAAUUGGCGGAAUACGUAAUUGACCAGAAGACGCAUACUCCGGUCUUUACGCAUAAGAUAUACCCACUGAUCCCACCAGGCGUCAACCCGUCUAGAAAUUACCGCUCCGAUGUCGUUUUCAAGAACCAUAGCGGCUCGCACCUCUUCGCAACAGCGCGGUCCAACCACUUCGACGUAACCGGAUACAUCAGUGCGUUUCGGCUAGGCUCCGCGGGAAACAUUGAAAAGCAGCUAUUCAUCAAUCCAACGCCGACGAGUGGUGGACAUUCGAAUGCAGUCAGCCCUUGCGAUUUCAGUGACGAGUGGCUGGCUCUGACGGAUGAUCAGGAAGGGUGGGUGGAGAUUUAUCGGUGGAAAGGAGAGCUUUUGGCGCGAGUGGCACAUUUGGAUAUUCCAGAGCCAGGAUUUGGGAUGAAUGCAAUUUGGUAUGAUUAG